AUGUGUGAUUACCAUGAUUUAUACCUGAAGUCUGAUAUUUUGCUGUUGGCAGAUGUUUUUGAGAAUUUUAGAAGUACAUGUUUGCAGUAUUACAAAUUAGACCCAUGUCACUAUUAUACAUCACCAGGAUUAAGUUGGGAUGCAAUGUUAAAAAUGACAGACAUAAAAUUGGAGUUAAUGACUGAUAUUGAUAUGUUCCAGUUUAUAGAAAAAGGUACACGUGGAGGUAUCUCAUACAUCGCCAACCGAUUUGGGGAAGCAAAUAAUAAAUACAUGAAAGAGUACAAUAAAGAAAAACCCAGCAAGUAUAUUAUGUAUCUAGACGCUAAUAAUUUAUACGGUUAUGCGAUAAGCCAGUAUCUUCCAACAGGUGGAUUUAAAUGGCUAACAGAAAAGCAAAUUAAUAAGAUUAAGAAGAAGACAAUAUUAUCUGAUAAUAAAAAAGGAUAUAUGCUUGCAGUUGAUUUGGAAUACCCUGAAGGAUUCCAUGAGAUGCAUAAUGAUUAUCUCUUAGCUGCAGACAAAAUGAAGGUAACAAACGAUAUGCUUUCACCAUACUGUAAAACUAUUCAGGAGACGUUUGGAGUAACAAUAGGGCAGGUUGCUAAAUUAACCCCAACAUUAACAGAAACGAAGAAUUAUGUAUUACACUAUAGGAAUUUACAACUUUAUCUAUCAUUAGGUCUGAGACUGAAAAAAGUCCAUAGAGUAUUAGAAUUUGAUCAGAGCCCAUGGUUGAGACAAUAUAUUGAUUUUAAUACGCAGAAGCAUGCGGGUGCAAAAAAUGUAUUUGAAAAGGACUUUUUUAAGCUUAUGAAUAAUUCAAUAUAUGGCAAAACUUGUGAAAAUUUAAGAAAACGUGUUGAUGUAAGAUUGGUGACUGAUAAAAGUAAGUUAUCCAAAUUGGCAAGCAAGCCAACAUAUGUUAACAGUAAAAUAUUUACUGAGGACCUUGUUGCGGAUCAUAAAAUUAAAGAAACACUAAAACUCGAUAGACCAGCUCAUGUUGGAAUGUGCAUUUUAGAUCUUUCAAAGACACUCAUGUAUGAUUUUCAUUAUAAUUACAUUAAAAAGAGAUACAAUAACAAGGCUAAAUUAUUAUUUACAGAUACAGACAGCCUUUGUUAUGAAAUAGAAACACAGGAUAUUUAUGAGGAGUUAUGGCAGGAUAGAAAUUUGUUUGACAACAGUGAUUAUCCAAAAGACAGUAAAUUUUUUGAUUCAACAAAUAAAAAAGUUAUCGGCAAAUUUAAAGAUGAAGCAGCUGGCAUACCUAUUGUGGAAUUUAUUGGUCUUAGAAGUAAGAUGUAUUCUUAUGUGAAAGACAAUGGUAAGAAUGAAAAGACGGCUAAGGGUGUCAGAAAAUAUGUUAUUAAAAAG